AUGACUGUUAACAUGACUUCCACUCAGUUUGUGUCAUCAAUGAAUGAAACAUUUUUUCGUCCAACAUUUUACAUUAGUGGACUUUACAACAUUCCACAUGCAAAGUACUACUAUGCAUUUUUAUGCUUUGUGUAUGCUGUGACUGUUUUAGGGAAUUCUUUUAUAAUGGGCACCAUCUACCUGGCACAGAGUCUACACACUGCAAAGUAUAUAGCAGUCUUCAACUUGGCCUUCUCUGAUCUGUGUGGGAGCUCUGCUCUCGUUCCAAAGCUUCUGGACAUGUUUCUGUUUGAUAACCAAUACAUAUCGUAUGGAGCCUGUUUGGCAAAUAUGUUUUUUGUGUAUUGCUUUAUGACUCUACAGUCUCUUACUCUGCUUGCUCUGGCUUAUGACAGACUGGUUGCCAUAUGUUUCCCUCUGAGGUAUCAUGCUAUUGUAACCAAAACAGCUAUGAGUCUGAUCAUAGGUAUUAUGUGGAUUGUCUCUUUAACUGUAAAUGUUCUCCUUGUAUCUCUGAUUACCAGAUUGUCCUUUUGUAGAUCUACUACAGUUAACAGCUAUUUCUGUGAUCAUGCACCUGUUUAUAAAUUAGCCUGUAAUGAUAAAUCUUUGAACACCGUAAUGGGUUAUGUCUGUACAGCUGCUGUGCUUUACAUUCCAUUGAUACUAAUAAUGACCACAUAUGUUUGUAUUGGUUUUGCAUUACGGAAAAUUGCACAUAGUGGUGAGCACAUCAAAACUAUAAAAACUUGCACCUCGCAUGUCAUAUUAGUGGCCAUAUUUUAUGUACCAAUUAUUAGUAUUUACACUGCAGCUCUUACAACAUCUGUAGAUACAAAUAUCAGGAUAAUCAACACUGCUCUUACACACACUAUUCCACCCAUGUUAAACCCAAUCAUAUACACUCUCAAGACCGAGGAGGUCAUGCAGUCAAUUAAAGUACUCUACAAACGAUCCAAGAUGAAGUCUGCAAUGAAACAAGCUACCAAAGAGCAUCGGGCACCCAAGGCUUCGCGCAGGGCACGUUGCACUAGAGUCAGCAAGCUGCCACGUGUGACUCACAGAGAGGUGGCACCGUCACCUGAGGACACUCCCUCACCUAAUGCACACGCACGCCUCAAGGAGGCAAGAAGGAGGCGUCACCAGUGCCCGCCCCAGAGACAGGCAAAACCGCUGGUGCGCUUCCUGAGGCGUCUGCCCCAAUGCCAGAGAAGCCGCCGCCACCCAACUCGGCGAAGGGCGAAUCCCCACAGCAGAGUAACUGUGCCAGUCCCAGUCACACUUAAUGUGUCUGUCACUUUGUCUCCCUUCGUGUCUGUGCCUGUACCCAUCAGUGUGUCCGUCCAUGUGUCUGUUGUCGUCUUGGCUCCUGUCUUCUUCCCUCUGUCCUGCUCACGCUGA